GCAGCUGCGCUGUACCGCGGGCAGAGUUGUCUGUGAAUGAUAAUGUUUAUCAACACAGUAAUGAGGUUCGCAACGAGUGUCAGAUAGCCAGCGGUCAAUAUCAAGCUGUCAUGUUUAAAUCUCUGUCUUUUAGCAACUGGCUUAGUGGCCCGGGGGAUAUAGAAACCCUGGGCCCCGAAGGAGAGACUACACCGACCGUGGGACACCCGGGGAACGAGGAAGACACCAAAACUGAAAAACUGACGAAGCAAACCAAAAGAAUCGGAAGUUACCUGUUCGGUGUUGCUACGUUGGCUUCUAAGAAAGUGUCGGAAUCAGUGCUGGAGACGGCCCAGACCAUCCGCAAAUCCGUAGACCAGCAUCCCAUUAAUGGAAUCAUAGACAAGACAAUACUGGGAGAUUUCAAGAGGGAGCAGGAGAGCUUUGUAAAGGAACAGCAGCAGAGAAAAGCAGAGGCUGCAGUUCCACUCUGGGUUGGCUAUAGUGAUGAGGAGUCAAUGAAACAGCAGAUCCUGUCCUUAUCAUUGGACCGGCGGAAUUUCCUGCGCGACCCCCCCGCGGGGGUUCACUUCCAGUUUGAUUUCAGCCAGGCUGCUCCGGUCGCCAUGGUCACUCUGCAGGAGGAUGCAAUGCUGAGCCGCAUGCGUUUCGAGCUUGUGCCCAGACAUGUGAAGGAGGAGGUCUUCUGGAGGAACUAUUUCUACCGUGUGUCUCUGGUCAGACAGUCUGCUCAGUUGUCCUCACUGGCCUCCCAGCACACAGAGAGACAGAGGGACACAGAGAGAGGCUCAGGAGACCAGACACCCAUCACAGAUGCAACAGCAGCCCAGACUCCAGCUAUCUCUGUGAGAAACACAAGGCAGAUCCGUCCGCUGGUCAGUCUGGAUGAUGUGUCGGUCAGCCCCCCCAGCGGAGAGUUCAUCAGCGACUCCUUCAACACGUCCCUGUCCCCCCUCAACCAGGAGGACCUGCUCAGAGACAGGCAGCAGCUGGGCAUGGGCCAGGGAGAAAAGGACCCCGCUGUGGAGCAAGAGCAGGAUGAGAUCCCAGAGUGGGAGAGGGAGCUGCAGAGGGAGCUGCAGGAGUUUGAGGUGGUGGAGCCGGGAGAGAGGGGGGCUGCCAGCGAGGCCUGGGAGAGAGAGAUCGAGGAGCUGCUGCUGGAGGACUUCUAGAGACCGGGAGGGACAGUGGGAUACCAAGAAUCCACAGUGUACUGGGAUUUAGAAAUCACUCUCCCUGGGGAAAAAACAUCUUACAGAACCUUCUUUUGUUUUCUGUUCAGGUUUACAAGUACAGGGCGGACAGGAAAACAUACAGUGUUGAUCAAAGUGUGAACUUUUACUUCAUGCAUGCAAUUCAAUGGGGGUAAUAGAAAAUACCGGUGUGCAAAUGAAAACUUUAAGGUUGCACCUCCCAGCCAAAGAAUGACUUUCAGGGGUCCACUCAGAAUGUGAAUGCAGAGUACUUCAAGUGUACACUGGUUUUGGAAAAGUGUACAGAAAGUACCAGUGUGCAAAUAAUCAUGAAAACUUUAAGGUUGCACCUCCCAGCCUGCAGCAGCCAAAGAAUGACCUUCAGGGGUCCACUCAGAAUGUGAAUGCAGAGUACUUCAAGUUUUGGAGCUAAUUUGGAGUUCAUUCCAGGGUUUAAAUGAUCCCUUAUACACGUUUACCAUAGUUAAAGCAUAGCAAAGUGUAAUAAAGCACAGUGAAAGCAAGGUAAAGCAUUGGUAAACAUCGUAAAGGUCAGAGAGGUACGGUAAAGCAUAUUAAAAAACAAUGGCAAACCAUAGCAAAUACAUAGUGUAAGCAUGGUAAAAAAAAGCAUGGGCAAAGUGCAAAAUUACCAUGCAGAUUUACAGUGGUACGUUUCUAUAAGGGGUUAUCCCCUGUUUGGGAGGCAGGUUUGCCACCCUUAAGAUUUCAGCACCCUUCUGGGGAUUGUGAUGUAACUUGGCAGGAUCUUUCUAUUGAGAGUUUCAGAAUCUGUGUCUGCAUGGAUAGGCAUCCUGGCAGCUGGUGAUGUAUUUGUCUGGCCUCUGAUUGAUUGGUUUGGGUAGCGAUUGGUUCUCAAUACCGUCCGAACCACUCACCUGAAUGUUAUGCCGCCACACAUGGAUAUUUGUUACAAGGACAUAUUCCACAUGCUGGAAAUGUAAUGUUAAUCAGCGAUUUCGUGUUAACGACAGCAUCCCAGGAAUCCAUUUUCAAAUGGGUUUGCUGAACCUCAGGCAUAUUCGCGUGGUGAUAUGCUUCUUUAUGCUACUCACAGCACUUACUGACAUACUUUCUGACUAAAUAUUCUUCCCAAACUCCGUGGACAUUCUUCACUAAAACCUAUGCCUUGUUAUAAGUCUGGUUUGGACUGUGAUGCUUACAGUAAUAGUUGCCUUUGCCCCAGCAAAUGCCUUUGCCCCUGAGCAAAUACCCAGGUAAGACUGAGGUGAUAUCUAUCUGUAUUGCAGUAUGUAUCCAUGUCUAUAGAUGGACUGUGUAUUAUAGGUUUAACUGUGUAGUUUAUCAAUCCCCUAUUGUUUCUUAGUGACCAUUUUCUGCUUCCUUUGCAUAUUUUUGCUUUAAAGAAAUACUUUGUACUGUACCCUCUGUUUUAUAUAUAGCAAGGUCACAAACACUUUUUCUAUCUAUAGUCUCUGAAAAAUGCUGACUUGCAGGGGGAGGGGGGGGGGGCGUUGUGCACUAGUAAUUUCCUCCCCUUUGAAACAGUGAGUGCAAAUCUUAAACUCACUGUUUCAGAGGGGAAGGAAAUGACAGGCGAACACACCAAGGGAACUCCUUUUAAUAACCCCUCUUGCUCAAAGACAGAACAUGUGACUUUAUUAGCGCCAAAUAUCCACGAGAAACCUUGAUUAAGGACAGAUGUAAUGUUGUGGAUAUUCAAAGGGUAUAAAGUAUUUCUUUAAAUGAUCUUGUUAUUGUGACCAGAAUAGGGGUAAGAAGUACCAGUGCCUGCAUUUACUGGUUAUGAAAAUCAGAAGGCGAACCGUCUUCAGUGUAUUUCUGUCUCUUAAACUAAUUACAAUGCCAGGGAGGAUCCAGAUCAAUUUAACUGACCCAAUUAUGUCCUAAAGCCCUGUUAAUCUAAUAGUAUUUUUUACAUAGUGGUCUCUACGGUUACACUGAAGGGAGUUAUUUCAUAGAAGAUAAAAAAUAGCUGCCCAUUCCAAGUUGAAGGUCCUUUCUUUCACAGGCUUGCAGCUGAUCAGUACAGUCAUAGACCUGAACAGUGGAACGAAGUGCAUAAGUGCUCUUGUCUGUGUAAGCUGUUAUGGCAACGUGUCUGGACAUUGUACUCCAGCCUGAAGUCUGUAUCAGCAGAACAAUCUUGAGUACAGUUAGCCACAAAAGUGAACACUGUAAAUUAAUAAAUAAUGUAGGUGAUGGCACCUGGUGCUAGCCAAUAUAUCUUCUGAUCUCCAAACAGGCUGGAGUGUUUCUGUGCACAAGUGAGUGUAUAUUGUUACAGCAAGGUUUUCAUUUCAUGUUUGUAUUACGUAGGUGUUACCAUUUUGCAUUAUCAGUGUCCUGUAUAUUAGAAUAUUGUUAGUGUUUCUUAUGCUACACAUUAUAUACCUGUCAGUAUUUCCUAGAAUCUAGAGUGUUGAUUUUCGAUUGUAUUUUUUCUUGUUUUGUGUUCAAGCUUUUCAACUAUAGAUGACAAACUGCUUUAAAAUGGUUUCAUGUAAAACCUGUACUCCUCAUAUAGCGGUUGUAUUACACUUACGCAGGAUGGAAGGCUAUGAAGCCAUGAUUGUAUUGUUUCUCCAUGCAUGCAUGACAGCAUAUUGAAUUAUAUUGUUUUAUUUGUGUUUAUAGACAAUCAGCUUGCAGUAUAACGCAGUGCAGUUCAUUUCAGGACUCGGAAUUGCUAAACUAAAUAUGUUUAUUUAAUGUGUACUGCGUGACAAAGGGGGAUCGAAUGAUUGACUGACUGACAGAUCACUUUUUUUGAUAUAAUUAAAGGAAUAACAUUUGAUUGAAUGUGGAAUACCACGCUGCAAUCAAACCUAUAUUAAAGAUUAGCUGUACUGUAGAACCUGCCUGUAUAUAGUAAUAUGCACAUUUACUGGCUAAAAUAAUAGAGAAUGUAAUUAAAAAUUGAAAAUUCCUAGUCUGCAAUGUAUGCGAGCACUUGACAUGUCAUGUGAUCCAAAAGGCCUACUAUAUAUAAGCUAUGUGAGUGGUGUGCAACUAUUCAGCAACAAUCAUGGGAAAAUAUAUCACUGACUUCACAGUCUGCGCCUGUGGAACUGGCAUUAGUUGCAUUGACCAAUUUGUCCAUCAAGACAGACUUCCUGGUGUCUCUGGAAUGGCAACAUCUGCAGAAAGCCUAGCGGGUCAAGACAGAUCAAAUCUGCAGACAUAUGAAAUGUAUUGUGACAUGCAACAGAAAAGUGCAAACCACAAACACCUUUAACACUGGACAAGACUUACCUGUUUCCACUCCAGCAAUGCACCAAGUUGCCCUAACUGCUAUUAAGUUAAUUUUCAUUUUUCUUAGCUAGUUAGUGUAUGUUAUGCAGCAGUGGAAGUAACUGUUCAAGCACUCUCCCUAGACAUUACCCCACAUACUACAACUUACACACAAUUUGAGAUUUUACAGCGCUGGUAAAUCCUCUUGGAUAUUGCAUCAACCACUUAUUCCAGGUAAUUCCAGGAUACCCAUGCAUGGCUGGUUGUUACAGUCUUGGGUGAUUACCCCGUGCUUUGUGAAUGAACGGUGGGGUUUUUCAGGUUGGGACUGAUGGGAAUUUCCUUGGAGUGGAAGCCUGUGCGAUGCCUAAAAGUAGCCAGUGCCUUUGCCAUUAUCAUGAGUGCUAAAUAAAGAUUUUAAAAACUGGGGUUACUUUGACAGAAUUUCAAAAUUGUAAAAAAAGAAAAGUCAUCAGUCAUUCUACUGUCUUACUGUUUGUGUUGCCAGGAUUUGAAGACUGAAUCAGAGCCUCUCUGUGCUAAGGAGUCAGGUUUCUCUUAUCAAGCUGUUUGUGUUCAGUAUUGUGUUCCAAGCAAGGGUGGCAGGUUUUCAGGGAAAGCCCCAUAGCUGUCUUUGCAAGAUGAUGCCUUUUUUAUUAUUUACUUUUAUUUUUAUUUACAGGAUGCUUCAGUGUCCACUUUUGUAUCGUUUUUCUGCAUAAGAUAUUGUCCAAAAACGUAAAUAAAUGUGAUUUUUUUCAUUCCCUUAAAUGCUUUGAAAAUAUGAUUAACAUGCUUUUUUAAAUUAACUUUUCUUGUUAAUUGUUUUCAACACGUUUUUUGCAACAGCAAUAAACUACAGCAAAGUUUAUUAAACAAAACACACAGUGAUCUUAGUGAUAGAUAACUAACAACUUUACAUUUGAGGCCUUAAAUUC